AUGUGCCAAAGCGCCGCUGUGCAUACUAACAACGAACACAAGACAUCCCAGACGUGCAUGUACUGCUUUGGUCCCACCUCUCAUCCCACACAAACCAUCAAAACAAAGGAUGGUAAGACCAAGACGAGGUCCAUUCAUGGAGCAUCCCUGUGCUUAAAUCCUGCCUGUGUGUCCGUUCUCAAUCACAGAGCCAUUCAAGGUAGAGACAAGACAUCUGCUUUGGCCAUUCUUUUGUUCAAGCAGCCAUUGCCUGUAUUCAAUCCAAAACCCAGUCAAUCCAACACUGGCAUUAUUUCCAGGACCAUCUCUUUCUGCAACAGAAACGAGAAACGGGCCGGCAGCGGUGCUGCAUUAGCGGACGCUUGA